UCGCCGAAGACCUGCGGAACCUGAAAGGCACGCCGUGUGCAGCCCGGACAGUAAAGGGAAGGGCUCCCCUGCUGCCGGAAGGAGCGGUGCGCUUUUUGGUCUCCCGACUCAAGCGCUGAAGUCGCGAGUUGCAAUGGAGAGUUCUGAGCCUGACCCUGCGGAUGACACUUCCAUGGACGCAUUCCUGGAAAAGUUCCAGAGCCAGCCGUACCGCGGCGGCUUCCGCGAGGACAAGUGGGAGGAGGAAUUUGACAAGAUCCCACUAUUUAUGAAGAAAGCACCAUCAGAAAUCGAUCCCAAGGAGUUUCCUGACUUGGCUUGCCUCCAGUCGAUUAUUUUUGAUGAUGAGCGGUCCGCAGAAGAGCAGGCCAAGACCUAUAAAGAUGAAGGUAAUGACUACUUUAAAGAAAAAGACUAUAAGAAGGCUGUGGCUUCGUACAGUGAAGGCCUAAAGAAGAGGUGUGUAGACCCUGAUUUGAACGCUGUCCUGUACACCAACCGGGCAGCAGCGCAGUACUAUCUGGGCAAUUUUCGCUCUGCCCUUAGUGACGUGCUGGCUGCUAGGAAGCUAAAGCCGGGCCACGUGAAAGCCAUAAUAAGAGGUGCCCUGUGCCAUCUUGAACUGAAACACUUUGCUGAGGCUGUGAACUGGUGUGACGAGGGGCUACAAAUUGAUGCCAAAGAGAAGAAACUUCUAGAAAUGAGGGCAAAAGCGGACAAGCUGAAGAGGAUGGAAGAGAGGGAUGUGAGGAAAGCAAAGCUGAAGGAAAAGAAGGAACAAAGUCAGAAUGAGGCUCUGCUCCAGGCUGUCAAGGCUAGGAACAUCAGACUCGUCUCUGAAGUGGUCAAUGAGGAUGGAGAGUCAGCCUCAAACGGUCCAGCUGAGAUCCUCCUGAAUGGGCUCAGCUCCGAGAACCCCUGUGGAGCCAGGCUAAGUUUAGAUGACCGGGGCAGGCUGAGCUGGCCCGUGCUGUUCCUGUACCCGGAGUGUGCUCAGUCUGACUUCAUCUCUGCUUUUCAUGAGGACUCCAGGUUUAUUGACCAUCUGAUGGCCAUGUUUAGCGAAGCGCCCUCCUGGGACUCAGAGCAAAAGUACCACCCUGAUAAUUUGGAGGUCUACUUUGAGGAUGACGACAGGGCAGAACUAUACCAAGUGUCCCCCUGGAGCACCCUGCUGCAGGUGCUGCAGCACCCCAGAUUCUCUGUGAAAGCCCUCACACCGGCAUUCCUGGUCUGUGUAGGAUCCUCUCCUUUCUGUAAGAAUUACCUUCAGGGGAAAACGGUGCACAGGUAAUUUGGGAGCCAAACCUUGG